UCGGUUCACAACAUCUUUGUUUUCUAAAAAAAUUGUUUUGAUACAAAUUUGUUUAUUUUUUUUUGAACAAAAUUGUUUUGGAAGCAUCUAAAUUAAUCGAAACAAAAUUGAGAACCUCUAAGCAUUAAAAUGUCGGGGUCGUGCCUAUGUGUCUUUCGAGGCAUGACGCGUAAAGUGAUACGUCUUUGUCCGCGCGUAUCGAGCACCGUGCGCUUAUACUCGGCUGGCUGUGAAGAGCCACCUGCAGAUAAGUGCAAAAAAGUGGGUAAAGAUUUUCCGUGCGGCAAGCCAAAAUUGCAAGCCGAAAAGAAACCCGUACCCAAACCAAAAGAAAAGUUCCAGUCGAUGUGGCCUAACCCUUUCUGUGACUUCGAUGAUCCGACUUGCCCAUAUAAUCCGCGUUUUGAUGAUCUUUACUACAUUGAGUCAGACAAGGCGAAGCGCAAGUAUUGGCAGACUUGGGUCUCGUGUCCACCUGUGCAAAUAAAAAAGAAGAAAAUUUGCUGCUUUGAGAAAACAACAUUGCCGCCGGUUAUGCGACGAGCGCAUAAAAAGCCACAAACUGCCUGCGAAGUACCCCCCGAAGACUGUAGAGAAACCAAGUUUGACAAGUGUCUGCGCUUGAAGCGACGAUGCCACAAGGCUGGUCGUAUACCUCCCACCUGUAAAGAAUUGCCAACUCCUAAGGACUGUGUAAAACCGCUGACACCAUAUCCGGCGUUUUCCGAAUGCAAGCGUCUUAAAUCGAAUGCUAGACCCCUUAGCGAAUGUCUUUGCUGGAAUAAACCUGCACUUUGUGAAGUUUGGGCAGAGUGGCGCAAGCGUAACAUGGCUUCUAAAAUCAAAUAGGCGAAAUCGAAAACGGUGAUCUCAGCCUUGAGCUUUAGUGACCCCGAGACAUUUAAAGGAACUCCAAGUUAAACCGGUCAGUCUCUGGAUCAUUUGGCAUUAAGAAAAUGAAUAAAGACUAUAAAAUACUUUA